AUGCCGAUAUCCGACCACGUUUGUGUGAGAUUGGAAGCUAUUCUCGCCCCCUGGCCCGACAUCACAGAUCCAGCUGCCGAUCAGUCUAAAUUCACUGCCGCUGUGAAUGCGUCUGACUCAACUACGACAAUCACUGCCGGUGUUAAUACGUCUACCUCCACUACGACAAUCACUGCCGCUGUUAAUGCGUCUACCUCCACUACAACAACCACUGCCGCUGUUAAUGUGUCUACCUCCACUACGACAACCACUGCUGCUGUUAAUGCGUCUACCUCAACUUCGACAAUCACUGCCGGUGUUAAUACGUCUACCUCCACUACGACAAUCACUGCCGCUGUUAAUGCGUCUACCUCCACUACGACAACAACUGCCGCUGUUAAUGUGUCUACCUCCACUACGACAACCACCGCUGCUGUUAAUGCGUCUACCUCCACUACGAAAAUCACUGCCGCUGUUAAUGCGGCUACCUCCACUACGACAACCACUGCCGCUGUGAAUGUGUCUACUUCAACUACGACAACCACUGCUGUUGUUAUUGCGUCUACCUCCACUACGACAAUCACUGCCGCUGUUAAUGCGUCUACCUCCACUACGACAAUCACUGCCGCUGUGAAUGCGUCUACCUCCACUACGACCAUAACUGCACCUGUUAAUACGUCUACCUCCACUACGACAAUCACUGCCGCUGUUAAUGAGUCUACCUCCACUACGACAAUCACUGCUGAUGUUAAUGCGUGUGCCUCCACCACGACAACCACUGCCGCUGUUAAUACGUCUACCUCCACUACGACAACCACUACUGCUGUUAAUGCGUCUACCUCCACUACGACAACCACUGCUGCUGUUAAUGCGUCUUCCUCUACUACGACAACCACUGCCGCUGUUAAUGCGUCUACCUCAACUACGACAACCACUGCCGCUGUUAAUGCGUCUACCUCCACUACGACAACCACUGCCGCUGUUAACGUGUCUACCUCCACUACGACAUCCACUGCUGCUGUUAACGCGUCUACCUCCACUACGACAAUCACUGCCGCUGUUGAUGCGUCUACCUCCACUACGACAAUCACUGCCACUGUUAAUGCGUCUACCUCCACUACCACAAUCACUGCACCUGCUGUUGAUGUGUCUACCUCCACUACGACAAUUACUGCCGCUGUUAAUGCGUCUACCUCCACUACGACCAUCACUGCACCUGCUGUUGAUGUGUCUACCUCCACUACGACAAUCACUGCAGCUGUUAAUGCGUCUACCUCCACUACGACAAUCACUGCUGCUGUUGAUGCGUCUAUCUCCCCUACGACAAACACAGACGCUGUUAAUGCGUCUUCCUCCACUACGACCAUCACUGCACCUGCUGUUGAUGUGUCUACCUCCACUACGACAACCACUGCCGCUGUUAACGUGUCUACCUCCACUACGACAUCCACUGCAGCUACUGUGACUACUACUACUACUACUACUACUACUACUACUACUACUACCACU